GCUUUAUGCAUUGGUGCACUGGGUCUACUUCCUACAAACAAAAGUGAUGACUAUUUCAUGGUAAUCUAUUACAAAUCACUGACACUGCAUAAAGAAUAGAGAGAUGUAUGUUUACAUAGCAGUUGCCAGUUUGGUGGUACUUGUCCUCAAGUUCCUCCUGACUCCAGAUCCAGACCCAGUGUGUGGUGUCUAUGUGAAGCCAGGGAAGUGGUUUACCCUAAAGUACUAUGCAUUUCUGCUCCUGCUUAAGUUGAGACAGAGGAGGAAUGCUGCCAAUGCUGAGAGGGCAGGGUAUGGAGUGAGGUCUAGGAACUCAGCGCAGGAGAUGGAUCGGGCACAGAGUUUGCCCCCUUCACAUCCAAAGGCAGUGGAUGCUGUCUAUUUCAAUGGAGGAAAUGGGGAAGGUUGUUAUUUUGUUGGUGCUACAGCAAGACGACACAAGAACAUUGUACAGACACUGUUAUAUAUCAGGUUUCCAGAUUUAGGUCUUCUAGAACUGACCACUCUUCCAGACACUUCCCUCCAGGGUACAGAGGAAGGUACUUUUGCCGCUGGAGGAUUAAAAUUUGAAGCAGUGAAACCAAUGCAGACAUGGAACUUGACAUUUGAUGGGAAUAUGAGAAUAGUGAGAACAGGAGAAAUAAAACAUGUGAGGUUCCUACUGGUCUGGACUGCUACCACAGACUACUUUGACUUUGACACAGAUAUGGAGAACCAUGCUCUGGCUCAGGCCAUAGCCAGAGAGAGGUGGACACGGACAUUCUUUGAUGCAUUAAAAGUAGCUCACCAGACCCACUAUGAACAGUUUGGCAGGAUUAGUGGCACAGUCCACAUAGAGGGGGUGGGAGAGAAACAACUUGAUGUUCAGGGAGUGAGAGACCAUUCAUAUGGUAAUAUCAGAGACUGGAAAGAUCUCCACCGCUACUGCAUACAGUAUAUUCAGCUAGAGGACGGGACAGCUGUGUGCUUUGGGCUGAUUUGUUUUCCCAAAACUAUGAGCAGGUUACUUAUUGGUUAUGUGUUCCAUCCUGAUGGAAGGAAAGAUAUGGUGUCUUCCACUGAUUUUGAAUUCAUUAAGUUUGGGCAAGAUGGACAUCCACCAGAUGUAUUUAACUGUAGAUUCACUGCAGCAAAGAAAACCUAUGCUUUAAGAUGUGAAGUGGUGGACCAGGCCCACUUCUUCAUAGGAGAUGGACGAGAUGCUCGGAUCCAUGAGCGCCUGUGUAAGUUCACUGUCAAUGGAGUCACUGGAUGGGGAAUUAGUGAGUGGGAUUACAGGCACAAUGCAUUUCAUCCUGAUCAUUUCGAGUGAAUGUGUGGUGGAGUAUCUAAGAAAAAGUGACACUACCAGUUGCCUAUUCAUCAGUGUUUUUUCGAGAUCUUUGACCCACUAUUGCCUCUAAAUAUAUGCACCACAAGUCCAACAAGUGACAUGGAAAUUGGAGAUUGCGGGCAUUUGUGUUGUAUCCAGUUCAGAUUAACGGACAGAGACUUA